AUGGAUUGGGGAGACUUGAAGAAACAAAUCGUGUCCGUAACGGUCUCCAAACCAGAGCAACAAGGAAAGGGACGCAAAAAGUUCACCGACUUUCUAGUGACUUCUUUGUUUGACAAUGGAACUGAAGCGCUGAGCAGACGGACCUUUGAGGAUUUUGAAUGGCUCUAUAAUCGAUUGGUCAAUGACUUUUUGGGAAUCAUUGUUCCCGUCUUGCCCGAACGAACACCUGCCUCGGCGGCCGACAAAUUUUCCGAUGCCUUUGUGAACGAUUGUCAAGCAAUAUUGCAACGAUUCAUUGACCGCGUCAUUGCACAUCCGGAUCUCUUGCAAGCUUCCAAUCUAGUCAAAUUCCUUACAUCCAACCCUUCUGACUGGAAGACCCUCAAGGAACAAGUCUUUGAAAAGGAAGAAACCGGCAGUGCGGAUGGGAGUCUCCAUUCCAAUGCUACUUCGGACAGUGUCUUGUUCAUUGAUGCUGAUGCAGCUGCUGCUCCACCAGAGGUUUCCCAAAAGAAACCAGGCAUGAUGGGCCGGUGGUGGGCCGAACGAACCGAACGCAAGGCAUUGAACAACCCCAAAUACCGAAUGGAAGAAAACCCACAAGAAACCAAAAAAUUCAACGAAAUUGAAGACUAUUGCGAUCAUUUGCAUGAAUGUAUUGAGGUCAUUGAAGAAAAUGCCAAAGUCUUCACGGCAGCCUAUCAGACACAAGCUGAACGGUUGCAAACCAUGGGGUCUGCCUUCCAACAAUUGUGGGGCGAACAUGAAUUGUCCAACACAAGUGCCAGUGUCAUGUACCAAACUGUGGGUGACUCAUGGGGAGCCUUGCACAAACAUGUAGAGGGUCAACAUGCCUUUGGUGUGGCGUUUUUCGAUAUGCCAAUGGAGGAAUUACGAUUGGAUGUCAUGGCCUUGAAACAAGCCUUGAAGAAACGGAAAAAGGUGGUAUAUGAUUACACCGUCAAGGUGAAGCAAUCUCGAUCACUUCAAAAUCAAAUGGACAAGUUAAAGCAAGUGCCAGAUCUCAGUGCAAUUGCAGAGAAAUACUACAAGGUGGAACACUACCUCAAGGCCAAAGACUUGGAAGUGGCCGAAGCCAGGCAACUGAGCGAGACCAUGGGCUUGAGAUUGACCAGGGACAUUGAGCGAUUUCGAAUUGAAUUCCACCAUCGAAUGCAGGAAGUCCUACACAAUUAUCACACGGCACAGGCCAGAUAUCUGAAUGGACAGUCCAAGCUAUUUCUGGAUGCUGUACCCGCAAUCACCAAUAUGAAGAGUGGAAGAACGCACAUGCUGAAAGGCAGUCCUACCAAAGCCAAUGCACCAGAACUGAAAAUAUCUACUUCGACAACUGGAACGAAUGUUUCCAUUGAGUCCCCAGCAGCUGCCGAGCACUAUGUGGGUCAAGUGAACUUGCCUCCUCCAGCCACAAAGUCUCCUCCGUCACAACCACUGGCAGUGGUACCACCAUCGCCCGAAAAGCAAUCCAUACCAGUGCCAAACUUUGAUGACGACGACGAUGCAGCCUUCUCUGGAUCAGCCCCCAUGGGUGGCAUUAGCAGGGAUCACUCUUCAAAUUCAGAAAUGAAAAGUGCUCCUCCACCGGCCGCGGCACCUCCACUCCCACCGCCGCCGCCACAAGAGGAAACACUUCUACCCACACCGUCACCAACCAGGGAGGAAGAAGAAGAAGAAGCAACCCCAUCACCUCCUGUAGAAGCAUCGAAGGCAUCACCCAAUGAAGAACCGUCUCUGCUGACACCAUCACCCGAAAAGGAAUCGGAACUUGUUGAGGAGAACGAUAGUGUCUCGAGUUCAGACACUUAA